AUGCCGGUCGCAGCAAACAUGAGGGGAUAUGCAAGGAAUCCGGUUAACGUUCCAAACACUUUCCUCCUAUCUUCAGAAGUCUAUGAAAAUAAUCGAAAUGGAUUCUUUUCGAGAACAAGAAGGAUAUAUGAAUACCUUAUAGAUCAAAUCUACAGUGGCCCUAUUGCGAGUAUUAAUAGUGAAGCAUCUGGAAAACUUUUGGGAUUAGAAAGUGCCACAAAAAGCAGAAUUUUCGAGAAUUCUCUCCUCACUGUCAAUGAUUUUCCGGAUACUUUUAGUUUUAUCCAGUCUCGUGGAAAUGAUUUGAUUCCUGUUGGAGAGCACUGUGCAUCUAGUGAAAAUCUGCCAUCGGAUUUUAGAAAUUUUGUAGAAGAUCCGAUUUCUAAAGGAACAAUCUACGUGGCGUUUGGAUCAUAUUUGAAUUUAGAAGACGGGCCAGAGGGAACUGUUGAAUCAUUCGUUGAAGCAUUGAACUAUUUUGAAGAUUAUCGAGUUAUUUGGAGUCAUAAAGGAAAUGUGACAGGUGCCAAAUGCCACGUUAAAUUUGUAAAUUGGGCACCACAAAAAGAGCUUCUUGCUCACGAGAAUACGGUUGCUUUCAUAACUCAUGGUGGAUUGAAAAGUGCAAAAGAAGGUGUUUGUUCUGGAGUUCCGAUGCUUUUCCUUCCAUUUUAUGGUGAUCAACCUAGAAAUGCACACCGAUUUGUGACGAAUGGGAUUGCGGAAGCACUUUACAAGAAGUCAAUUACGGCAGUUGAUAUUAAACAAAAAUUGGAGAAACUUCUCGAAGAUCCAAGUUAUAAAGAGAAUGUUGUGAAGACUCGAUCCUACUAUUUGGACUCACCGAUGAGCUCUCUCGACCUUGGAGCAUUCCAUAUUUCCCGUGUACUUCGUCGUCCGGAAUCUCAAUUUAUUCGUUUCAAACGAAGAUCCAUCUCGAUGACUCACUUACAAGCAAAGUAUCUGGAAACUCAGCAGAAACUAUCUGAUGCGUCACAACCCAGUUUAGUUUUGGCGGCUGAUGGAGCUAUUCUUCCUUGUGAUGCUAAUUGGCAUCAGUAUCCAGAUACGGGAUGUUGCUAUAGAAUAUCAGAUGAGAAAAGUGACUGGUAUGGUGGAACGAAUAUCUGUAAAGCACUGAAUUCCGAUGCACAAAUGGCUUCAUUUCACAGUCAGGCGGAAUCAUUAUUCUUCGCCAAUAAAUACUCUUCGAUUCAUGCAUGGACUGGACUAUCUCAAACUGAAGUUCCGAAUACUUGGACAUAUACAGAUGGAACUCCUGAUUGGCAUUGGUUUCCAGCUCUCACAAGUGCUCCAUCUGCGGCUGAUUCGAGUUGUGUUGAAAUGAUGGAUGGUCUUUUGGGACUUUUAUUUGCACUUUCCCUUCAAAAAGGGCAAACUAAUCCUUACAGUUGUACUGAAGUGAAUCAAAUUAUUUGUAAAUAUUGUCCGAAAGAAACAACAUCAAGUACAACUACAACUACAACGACGACAACUGCAACUACUACCACGAAAACGACAACCAAAACUACAACUCUAACGACAACAACCAAAGGAACAACUAAGAAAACAACAACAUUACCAUCCGCUUCAGUGACGUGUACUUCGAAUUGUCCUGCUCAAUCUGUGAAUUUCAAUGGGAAAUGCUAUAAGAAAUGUCGGGGAUCGGUCAAGUUCGAAAAUAGUUGUAACGAGUGUGGUGGAACAAUGAUCACGAUUUCGAAUAAAGCAGAAAAAGACUUUGUUUCCAGAGUAUUUGGUGAAAAUGAUGGAACAGUAUCUCAGAUUUGGAUAGGAAAUACAGAAUUAAAUGGAUACUUGGAUUGGGAAUAUGGACAACCAUCGAAACCGAAUAACGCGUUGGAUUACUGUAUUUCUAUGGAUUUGACAGCCGGUCCUUGGAGAGGAAAAUAUAAAUAUUUACCCUUUGAUCAUGUCGACGAAUUUCUGCAAAACAAAACAUUCAAUGAUAUACUUGAGAUGAGUCAAAAAUUUCAAAGAGCAAGGUAUCUGGAAACUCAGCAGCAAUUAUCUGAUGCAUCACAACCAGAUCUUGUUUUGGCAGCUGAAGGAGCAGUUCUUCCUUGUGAAGCUGGUUGGCAUCAAUACUCUGGAACAGGAUGUUGCUAUAAAAAAACGGACGCAAUCAGUGCGUGGUACGGUGGAACUGAUUUAUGCAAAGCACUUCAUCCGGAAGCUCAAAUGGCUUCAUUUCAUAGUCAAGGAGAAUCUGAGUUUGGAACUCCUGGAGUCUGGACAUACACUGAUGGAACUCCUGAUUGGCAUUGGUUUUUCGCCCAGUCAAGUUCAAUGAAACCAGAAUCAAGUUGUGUCGAAAUGCUGGAUGGAGUUCUUGUUUACUUAUUCUCUUGGUCUGCCAAGAAGGGUCAAACACAACCGUAUUCGUGUACAGAAGAAAUUGCAAGUAUUUGCAAGUAUUGCCCGAAAGAAACAACUUCAACGAGUACAACUACAACUACAACAACGACAACUUCAACUACCACAACAACUCCCACCACUACAACAGAAACUACAACUGAAACGACAACUCCAACCACUACGACGACUGAAACAACAAUAACUACAACAACUGCCACAACAACUCCAACCACUACAACUGAAGUUACAACCGAGCCUACGACAACUACUGAAACAACUACACCAACAACAACAACUACCACGGAGACAACUACACCUACAACUACGACCGAAACGACAACAACGCCAACAACUACGUCGACAACUACUCCAACAACUACCACCGAAACUACAACGACUGUCACAACUACAACACCGACAACUACCACUGAAACGGCAACUACUACAGAAACUACGACAACCCAAACAACUACAACUCCGACAACUCCAACAACUACAACUCCGACAACUCCAACAACUACAACUCCAACAACAACUACUACCGAAACUAGACCAACUCCAACGACUCCAACUACAACAACAACGACUACAACUCCUACAACAACAAUUACUUCACCUACAUCUCCAACUACAAUUACAGCUCUUACAACUUCUUUGAAACCAACAACGUACUGGUGUGGUGGAACUAUGGUUACGAUAUCUAAUAAGGAAGAGAAUGAUUUCAUAUCGAGGGUAUUUGGAGAAAAUGAUGGAACAGUAUCUCAAAUUUGGAUAGGAAAUACAGAAUCAAAUGGAUACUUGGAUUGGGAAUAUGGACAACCAUCAAAACCGAAUAGCGCGUUGGAUUACUGUAUUUCUAUGGAUUUGACAGCUGGUCCUUGGAGAGGAAAAUAUAAAUAUUUACCCUGUGAGAGCACUGUUGUUAGCUCGAUUACUUCAAUGAACCCUUGA